AGCUAUAUUCUCGCGCGAGCUCGGAGGGUUGGCAGUGGUUGGCGGAAGUGUAGCUUUGCUCCCUGCAGCCUUUGGUGUUUGCGACACGUGGGUGCUGACCCCCUGAAAAUGAAGCUUUUAACCCAUAAUAUGCUGCGGAGCCACGUUAGUGGGGUUACCCGAGGCUUCCCGCUCGCCAUUCGCGCUAAUGAAGUAAAACUCAGCGAUGUGGAUUUCAGUCGCGAUUUUGUGGUUCGUAUGAUCCCAAAGCUAGAGUGGGAGGCACUUGUGGAGGCUGCAGAUAGUCUGGGGCAUGGGUCAGAUCUACCCAGAGAGCUACAGCCGGAUUAUGAAAACAAUGAAGAAUUCCUGAAGAAGGUUCAUCAUGUUCUCCUGGAGGUCGAGGUCAUCGAAGGUGCUUUAAAAUGCCCAGAAUCAGGCACAGAAUUCCCAAUCACCAGAGGGAUACCAAAUAUGCUAAUAAACGAGGAAGAGUCCUAGUGAAGCCGCCACCAUACCCUCCCCAUGUAGAUAGAACAUGUUAAAUAUAUAUUGUUUGCUUUGUUACGGUUUUUAUUUGUGGAAUCUCUACAGUCAGGUUAAUAAAGAAAUUAUUGACACACAAUUAAAUCUCCCU